UUACUGACGUCAGAUGCUGGAAUAAUAGAGUUAGGAGCGGAUGUGUACUACAAGGUCACAGAUCCAGUAAAGUCUGUGACGUCAGUGCAGGAUUUGAACACCCAGCUGAGGGGACUGGUGAGAAACAGGCUGAUGAACACGCUCACAAAAUAUGACCUGCAGGAUAUAGAGGAUAGGAAAGAUGAUAAUGUUGCUAAAAUUGUUGCCGAAUGUAAUAAUACUGCAAGAGGAUGGGGAGCUGAUAUAUGUAGACUUGAAUUGUCACCAAUAAAGGUAUUACAAGCUGCUAAAACUGGAGCAAGUUUACCAGGGCUGGGAGGACAAGAAGGUCUCACACAAGUAUUCCAGCACCUAGCACAGUCAUUUUUAUCAUCCGGUCAAGGACAGAGGAAUACACCUCUGCAGGCAAUCAAUGAAUCUCAAGAGGCUGCUGGAGCUGCUGUUGCAACUGAAGAUGUAAAGUUGUUACCUCAGGUUACACCUGCACAUCUUGUUGAACUGGUUCGAGGUGUCCUUAGUGAGUCCUUAGUGAGAACUGUUAAUGCUGUAUACCAGUUUAAUCUGUCUGGUGAUAAUGGUGGAACCUUCUACUUAGAUUUAAAACGUGGAAAUGGAUUUGUUGGGGAAGGGCCAGCUACUAUGCAUGAACCAGACGUGACGCUAGAUCUAUCAGUGAGGGAUAUGCAGCGAAUGUUUGCAGACCAACUCAAACCUUUACAAGCCUAUAUGAGUGGGAGACUAAAAGUGUCAGGUGACCUAUCAGCUGCUAUGAGACUGGAAGAAGUGAUGGACAAGGUUGUCAGUAACACAACCAGUAGCUCUGUAGCUGGACAUACUGUAGUGAAUAUAUGAGACAAAAGUGUUAGAUUUUAAUGAUAGUGUAUGUAACGUCCAUUUUUAUCAGCGUUUGAACUAAAUGUGCCAAAGUGUAAUAAUUAUUUUAGACUCAGUGAAAUUAGCUCAAGCUAGGAUUGAUGUAUUACUACGUCAAUUAAAGUUUAUCUCCUGUAUUGUGAGCAGUAUUUUGACAAAGUUGAAUGUUGUUUCCCUUUCCUACUGAGCUGUCUGUUAAAAGUAAUCUUCCUGUGACCACACAAAAUUGCUAAGCUUGUAGGUGGAGCAUUUGUAUUUUACUUUCCUAGUUUUCAUUAAAGAAAUCGGAGCAAAUAUGGAGCAUUAUUCAUAAAUUCUGUAUCUGGUUCUCAUUUUAUUUAAAACAAGUGACCUAGUAUUGCAGAGGCAAUACAGAAGUCCCCUACUGGUGGGAAACUUUCAAUAGUGACCUUGACCUUUGACUGACAAGAAUAGGUCAUGUGUUGACACAUUGUCUCAUCAUGUGGAACAUUUCUGCAUAGCACUAAGAUAACCCAUCAAUGCAUAUAAAAGUUAUGGAGCGGAAACAGUUUUUACUUGACCUUCAGUAGUGACCUUGAGUUUUGACCUACAAGCAUGUGCAUAAUCCACAUGUAUUGCCCUUUAUUCAUAUACCAAGUUUUAUGAACCUAGCUUGAGUAAUUGCAGGAUCCAGAUUUGUGGAUGGAUGGGUGUGAUUAAAAACACUUUUUCUUUAAAGGUCUAUUGAAACUAACUUUGCACUGGAAAACAAGCUGUAUAUGACUUUGCAAUAGAAACUAUUUACUGUUGUUUAUUAUUCUUUAUAAUAUCUAGUUUAAAUGUAGAGUAAAAUCUGAUUCAGGCUAAA